AUGGUUGAUCAGCUCCAAGGAAAAUGGAAGUCCACUUGUUGUGAAAAUUUUGAAGAAUACAUGGAAGAAUUGAGAAUAGGAAAAGCAAGCAGGAAACUGGGGUGUCUGGCAAAACCCACCGUGAUCAUCAGUACAAAUGGAGAUGCGAUCACUAUAAAAACUAUAAGCAUCUUUAAAAAUAAUGAAAUCUCCUUUAAGCUGGCAGAAGAGUUUGAGGAAACCACUCCAGAAGGCCAUAAAACCAAGAGUACAGUAACCUUAGAUAAUGACUCCUUGGUACAGGUUCAGGACUGGAACGGUAAGGAAACGACCAUAACAAGAAAGUUAGUGGAUGGGAAAAUGAUAGUGGAAAGUGCCGUGAACAAUGUUAUCUGCACUCGGACAUAUGAAAGAAUAUGAACAAACAUAGUCAAACUCAAGCACUCUCAAAGUGUGAUCCAAACUUCAGAGGUGGUUUGA